CAUAUACACAUGUAGCCAGUUGCAAUAUAAGUUGAGUACAAGGGGGCAGCAGCAAUUGUAUUGUAGGUGUGACGUCGAUCACUUUACAUAGUCGUUCAUGUACGCCUCAUCUUAAUCUAUCAGGUUAUUUUGCUCUCUCUUGGUUCCCCGUUACAUCUUUUUGUUUCUCUGUCUCAGUCCCUCUUGGCGUUUCUUAAUACGACAGCAUAUUUCUAAUAAUAACGGCAAUAAUUUAUAAAAGGCAUAAUAAAGCACAACUGGUUUCACCAGAGCCAUCCAUUCGACUUCUAACAGUAUUUAUUUUUUUUUUUGUACAACGCACAAAUAGCACCACCGGGCAAGAAGCAGAAGUUGACGACCAAAUACGUACAUUUUUCCGCGCGCUGCUUUAGAAGAGGCAGAAGAAGAGGUUUUCUGAAAGACGCGAAGAGGCAAGCCUCGAUGAAUUAGUCCCAUAUGCGCUGGUUCGAGACGACAUCGACAAAAUAUGUGGGUGAAGCCAGAAGAGGUUUUGCUAGUCAAUGCUUUAUGGAUUACCGAAGAUGCUACCACAUACUUUGUGAGACAACGAAGAAAAGGUUAUGGAAAAAUUAAAGGGCUCACAUCCAUUAUUGUUGGAACAUUAGAUAGUGUCUUUGAUACAAAGCCAUCACCGUUCAGAAUUUUACAUCAAACGCCUUCAUCCGAAGUUUAUUGGGUGGUGGCAUGUUCUCUGACACACUCAGAAAUAGUAAAAGAUUGGGAAUGGCUGCAUGAAAAUUUAACAACUACAUUGCAAUCCUUUGAUACAGAAGAAGAAAUUACAGAUUUUGUGUGCUGCAAAAUACAAUCUAUUAUAGCAAAUAAUGCAUCAGACUGUACAUUAGCCGAUGAUGAAGAUUCACAAUCGUUUAAGAGAGUUUCAUAUAAAUUUCAUCAACUUUUUAAUUUAUCCAAAGAUGACAAACUUGUAAAUUAUUAUUCUUGCAGUUAUUGGAAAUCUCAUCUACCUAGGCAAGGAUGGCUGUAUUUAUCUGUAAAUCAAAUGUAUUUUUAUGCUUAUAUUUUGUCAAAAGAAACUAAAUUGAUUAUUCGGUGGGCAGAUAUUGUAGAAUUAAAUAAAACAAAUUCUCGUGUAUUUCCCGACAGUAUUCGUAUAGUAACACGCGAUGGUAAAGAGCAUUAUUUUUCAAUGUUUCUUCAUAAAUACGAAACAUAUUCAUUAAUGGAACAAUUAACAAAUCUUGCAAUGAAACGACUUAUUGAUGAAAAGAGUGGUUUUAAUGAAGAUAGAGAUCUUCUAAAAAAAUUAAGUAAAAAUGUGCCUAAGAAGCCGUCGUUUUUAAAAAGAGAUUUGGAUGCUCGUGCACAUUCCGAAGCUUAUAGGUUGCAAUUUAGAUUACCAGGAAGUGAAAAGUUAGAUGGCUGUGUUGAUGCAACUUUAUGGACUCCUUACAAUAAGAGGCAUAAUUGGGGAAAAAUUUAUUUAUCUCAAAAUUAUUUGUGCUUUGAAAGCAGAGUUAAACAACUGGUAAGUUUAGUUAUAUCAUUACAAGAAGUAAGACUUAUUGAAUCAGCCGAAAAUCAAGCGUCGAACACUGAUGUAGGUAAAUCGAUAUUGGUUACAACUGCAAGAUCAUCAUUUCUUUUUGCUCAAAUACACGAUAGAGAUUUUGUAAUACAAAAAAUAUCAGAAUUGUUGGCUAAAAUAAAAAUUUUGUCUCAACCAUUUAAUAUGAAUAAAGAAGAGAGUGGAAGUGAUACAACAAAUGAUCAAAGUGAAGAAAGACCAAUUUGGAUGUCUCAACCAGCACUGAUGAAAUUAUUCAAAGCUCCGCUCAGUACAGAAUCAGCUAUUAAGCAAGAAGCAAAGGAAAAACAGUGGGAGUUACACUUUUCUGAAUAUGGGAGAGGAAUGACAAUUUAUAGAACUGUGGAAACUGCUAAGCUUGUUAUUGCUGGUAUACCACAAAUUCUUAGGGGUGAAAUUUGGUUAACAUUUUCUGGUGCUCUUAAUGAAAUGAUAAUGAAUCCUGGAUUAUACAAAUCUUUAGUUGAUCAGUCUCUUGGAAAAUUGUGUCAAGCUAAUGAAGAAAUUGAACGAGAUCUUCACAGAUCUUUACCAGAGCACCCUGCUUUUCAAUCUGACACUGGAAUUAGUGCUCUUAGACGGGUUCUCUCUGCCUAUGCAUAUAGAAAUCCACAAAUCGGUUAUUGUCAAGCUAUGAAUAUAGUAGCAUCUGUGCUUCUUAUCUAUUGUUCAGAAGAAUCGGCUUUUUGGCAACUAUGCAAUGUCUGUGAAUCAUUAUUACCAGAUUAUUAUGACAGACGAGUAGUCGGUGCUUUGGUAGAUCAAGGAUUGUUAGAGGAACUUGCAGCUGAGCAUUUACCUAGAUUGUCUGCUAGAUUACAGGAUUUAGGAUUAAUUAGAGUGAUUUCUUUGUCAUGGUUCUUAACAAUAUUCUUGAGUGUAAUGCCUACCAGCAGUGCAGUUAACAUUAUGGAUUGUUUCUUUUAUGAUGGAGCAAAAGUAAUUUUUCAGGUGGCAUUAACGGUGUUAGAGUGGAAUCAAGAGAAACUUUUAAAAUGUCACGAUGAUGGAGAAGCUAUGCAGCUGUUAACUGAUUAUCUUGGAGGAGUUUAUAAUGAUGAAGAUCCAAUAUUACCUAGACCUAUUGAUAACCUACCUCCAAAUAAAAGUAUUUCCAUUCAAAGACUGAUAUUUGAAUCAUAUGCAAAGUAUGGAUCUUUAACAGUAGGUGGAAUUGAAAGACUACGAUUAAAACACCGUCUUAAAGUAGUUCAAAGUUUAGAAGACGGUAUUGAAAAAAAUGUUAUAAGGAGCGUUAUUACUGAAAAAUUAAUGACUACAGAAGAGUUGCAGGAAUUAUUGAGUUUAAUCAGAGAAGAAUUAAUGAGUCAAAGAAAAACAGAAUCCGAUCGAUAUGAUCCAACACAACCACCAUACGAAGUAUAUAAAAUUGAUUAUGAUCUUUUCAGGAUUUUGUUUGCCGGUUUAUCUCCUUGGGGGAAAUGUACUCGAGCUGAAUCUCUUGCUGCAAGACUAUUUCGAUUAAUGGACCGUAAUCACGACAAUCUUCUAAAUUUUAGAGAAGUGGUACAAGCUAUUGCUAUGACAGCUACUGUAGAUUCUUCACAAAGAUUAAAGCUCUUAUACACACUUCAUUUACCACCAUUAUUGACACCAGUAGAUUUUGAUUCUCCUACACAAUCAGAUGGUGCUGAAGUUGCUGCAGAAGCCACAGACUUCUUUGACAGUAUGGAACAAAGUAUAACAUCGUUAGAAUUACCAGUUAGUCUAGCUGAAGAACCCAAUAGUACUUUAUCACGAUCAACUAGUUUGAAUAGUCCACAAGGUGAUCAAUCAUGGGAAGAACAAAGUAUGGGCAGUUUACGAUCAAUGAUAGCUUCCAGAGAUAGUCCAUUAAAUUUAAAAACCGUGCCGAAAAUGUCUCAGCUUCAUUUUAUAGCAUUGUGGAACACCUUGUAUGAUAUGUUUCCUGCUCAACCCGAAGAUCAAGAGACAUAUUGGUGUAUAUCAGAAAUUGGUACAUUAUUACUUCAAUUAGGAGAUGUUGGAAAAAAAUUCUAUGUUGAAAGAGAAGAAUCUGAAGAUUGUUCAGCAGUUGUUUUAACAAGUAAACAUACUGGUUCAUCUGAUCGUAAUGGCAAUCCAGCAAACCCAUCAUUUCGUGAUCCUAAUUGGUCAAUUACUGUUGAACAAUUUUUAGCAUCUGCAUUAAAUGGUCAACCGAUCGUGGAUUUUUUUAGUAAACGAACUGAUCUUAUUAAAGCAAUAGCUUCACUUAGGAAUCGCAGAUUCAAUCGUACACAUUCACUUUCUGAUACACCAAUAUUAAAUGUAUGAUACUCAAUAGCAUAGUUAUUGAGCUAAAUUAAUUGAUUG